AUGGGUGACUAUUCGAAAGCACUUGAAUCUUACGAAAAAGCACAUCAAAUUUACGAAGAAGCUCUGCCUCCGAAUCAUCCCAAUUUGGCUACUUCAUACAACAACAUCGGUGGAAUGUAUAACAAAAUAGGUGACUACUCGAAAUCACUUGAAUUUUACGAAAACGCACAUAAAAUAAAAGAGAAAGCUCUGCCUCCGAAUCAUCCAGAUUUGGCUACUUCAUACAACAAUAUUGGUUCAGUGUAUUUCUACAUGGGAGACUACUCAAAAACACUUGAAUUUCACGAAAAAGCACAUAAAAUCUACGAAAAAACUCUACCUCUGAAUCAUCCAAAUUUGGCUCUUUCCUACAACAAUAUCGGUGCAUUGUAUAACGACAUGGGUGAUUACUUGAAAGCACUUGAAUCUUACGAAAAAUCACUUAAAAUCACAGAAAAAGCUCUGUCUCCGAAUCAUCCGAAUUUGGCUAUUGCCUACAACAGCAUCGGUCAAGUGUAUAAAGACAUGGGUGACUACUCGCAAGCUCUUGAAUUUUACGAUAAAGCACAUCAAAUCCUCGAGCAAGGUCUGCCUCAGAAUCAUCCCCAUUUGGCUUCUUCAUACAACAACAUCGAUCAAGUGUAUAACAACAUGGGUGACUAUUCGAAAGCACUUGAAUUUUACGAAAAAGUACAUAAAAUUUACGAAGAAGCUCUACCUCCGAAUCAUUCCUCAUUGGCUGCUUCCUACAAUAACAUUGGUUCGGUGUAUAAUGAGAUGGGUGAUUACUCGAAAGCACUUGAAUUAUUCGAAAAAUCAUAUAAAAUCCUCGAGGAAACUCUGCCUUCGAAUCAUUCCAAUUUGGCUUUUCCAUACAACUGGUUAGGAAGAGUUUAUCGCAGUAUGAAAGAUUACACAAGGGCACUUGAGUAUUUUGAAAAGGCUCUCGCAAUACGUCAACAAACGUUACCUGAAACACAUCCCAAUCGGGCUAUUACAUACAGUGACAUUGGUAAUGUUCAUCGAUUAAUGGGUAAUUAUGAAAGGGCACUUUCAUUUCAUCGAAAAGCAUUAAACAUUCAAGAAAAUGUUCAAUGUAAUCCUCUGGAAUGUGCAACGACAUAUACAAACUUAGGUGAAACAUAUCGAAAAAUGAAAGAUUAUUCAACCGCAUUGACAUAUUUUCGAAAAGGAUUACAAAUACGUGAAAAGAAACUACCAAAAAAUCAUCCAGAUAUAGCUGUAAUAUAUCACAGUAUGGCAAAGUUAUAUUUGUCUAUUCGACAAUAUAGUAUGGCAAUGAAAAAUGUUCAACAAGCGUUAGAAAUUGCUCAAGAAAAAUUACCUUCAACUCAUCCUCAUCUUUUGGAUUAUAGAAAAACAUUUGAAAAAAUUCGAAAGAAGCUGUAA